AUGGCUGCCGCUGUCCCCCAUGGCUCCGCCUCCCUCUUGCCUGUUUCGGCUGCGCGACCUCUCUCCGGAAGCACAGUUUCUUUCGGUCCUUCGUUUCGGAAGAGAAGAAAGAUUCCGGCGUGGCGGGGCCGCUGUGUUACUGACGACGAAGCAGAGGAAGUCAAGGAUUUGGGAGUCAAUGUGGCGCUAUCCAUGCUAAAGUUUUACAAACGAGAAAUAUCACCUUUACUGCCUUCAAGCUGCCGAUAUGUACCAACUUGCAGUGAGUACUCUAUGCAGGCGUACAAACGAUAUGGUGUCGUAAAGGGUACAAUCUUGACUGCUUGGCGCCUUUGCCAUUGUAAUACUCUUGGCGGAUAUGGGUAUGAUCCUCCAAGAUGGUUUGGUGAGGAAGAUGUACCUCUGCAAUAG